GUGACCUCACGAACUCCACUAGAUCCUUUCUGCGGAGAAUCAUCCUCAAGAAGGCCAAGGAGAGAAUGAGAAGUAUCGCGCGACGCAUGGGCACAUCAUGCCGGAACCAUUCAAACACCCGACGGUCAAAAGGGAGCUGGCGUUCCUGACCGUCAGGUUCCUCAUCUGCCCCACGGACAAAGCGCCCAAUACACCGGCCUUCGUCUGCAAGAAUUUCAUCAGGAAACUCGCUUUGCAGAGGCCGUCUGGCCCGGAGUUCGACUGCAUUCCCAUGCCCCAUGAGGCCAUCGUAUCACGGAUCCGAGGCGAACUUGCCGCCUUCCCAGCGCUUCCUGCUGCUGCGACUACACUACCUUAUCUGAUGGCGGUACUCAAGGCACACAAGGGCUCCUUCCGAUGGAUUACGAACACAACAAAUUUCGUCAUCUCCCCGGCAGCGGACCUUUGUGCUUGCUUGCUGCGCUUUCUCCUUCCGCUGGUGCAGACCUAUUGUCAAGACAGGACCAGGGAAGUGGAGGAACAGUAUGGCGUCAGACCCAACCUUUGGUGGGCCAUCUCGCCAGUGGGGGAAUUUUAUGCUAACCUACCGAACAAGGUGUACUCUGUCUUCACGGCGGACAUCACCAGGUGCUUCGAAACCAUCCGGAUUGACGGAUCGGAGGACAGCCUCACGACUGCGGUCAGAUUCUAUGUGCAUUCUGCUAUGCAGACGAAGAGGGAGAGGACCUCCAACCACGCGAUUGUGGUCAGAUUCGAAGAAGGAGGUGAAUUGAGGCCAACUUGGGCGGAUGCGGGCCAGCCGGAGGAAAUGGGCUCGUUGCUCUUCAAGGAGGGCGACAUCUGUUGGCUCUCGGAGUGGUGCAUCGCUAAUAGCAUAGUAUGCAUGGGGGAAUAUGCUUGGAGGCAGGUGAGGGGUAUCCCCAUGGGAUUGGCAUGCUCCCCGAUUUUGUGCGACAUCUAUUUCUUCAAGUACGAAUACCAGGCGAUGAUGAGGCUGGUGGACACACGCAAUGCCCAUCUAAUACCGUACUUUGAAGGCACCUUCAGGUACGUGGAUGACCUCGGGGCCGUCAACAACGCUGUCAUUAAGAGCUUUUUGGAGAAAGGCGAGGACAGACUACCGGAUGAUCCCUGCUGGAUAUACCCGGCCCAGUAUAUCAAAAUCAAGGAAAACACGGAGGUUGAUGAAGAAGGGAUUGGACGUGUUGCCAAAUUUCUCAGCAUGACCAUCACUGUCACUUCACCUGCAGACGGUUCAUACUCCACCACCAGGCAUGACAUGCGUAUGGGGUUGGGCUUUGCUCCUUGCAGGUACAUCAAGUUCAGAUCUAAUAGAAGCACCAGGCAGUCAUUGCGGAUCAUCACGGCGCAGGUGGCACAAAUUCUUCUACUAUGCUCAGAACUGGAGGAUGCGGAUAAUCAGUUGGCGGGCGUAGUGCCAACAAUGACGGACAAUGGCUUUGCCGCAAACGCAUGCUGGGCGGUGGUGAAGAAAGCACUCAGGAACGCGCACCUCUACCAGCCAGGCAGGCUCUCCGUUCAUGUGAUCAGAGAGGCUCUCGCUAAUCUACACGGGAUUACUUACUGAAUCGUGUGUUUGUGUCUAUAUGCGUCUGUGUGUGUGAGGUGUCCGGGGGAUGACUGGGCCGAAGAGGCCGGUUGUCCUUCGGACAACCGUUCCCUUCGGCCAAAGAGGCCGGUUGUCCUUCGGAGAACCGUUCCCUUCGGCCCCGGUUAUCCCUCGGAGGGAACGGGGUGGGACACACACACACACACACACACACACACACACACACACACACACAACACACACACAGGUACAUCGGGCGAUUGAUCGAUGACAGGGACAGGGGCACGGCCCGGGCCGACAAGGCAGGCUCUGUAAUAAGUGCAGUGUUC